AGCGUCCUCUCGUCCUUUUCCGUUGCGUGGGGCCUCUUUAAGCCAUGCUCACCAAUUACUACUUCAUUAAAAUCAUCAAUAACCUUAGUAUUUGCAUCCAUAAUCUUGUCACAAUCUUCUUGACCCUUGAUUUCUCCAUUUUCCAUGUGAGGAUCAAAUAAUUUUAUAAGUUUCUCAAUUGGAAACUCCAUCUCGAUCUCCGAUCACUUAUCAACACUAGUCUCCGUUCACCCCUUUCUGCUCCAAACCCAAAAUCUGAAACCCUAACCCUUCAAUUAUGUUACGCAGCAGCAGAGGAGGUUGACGGUGACCGGAGGAUAGUGAUGGUGUAGUGAUUAGUGAUGAAGGACGGUAGGUGAUGGUUCUGUCGGAAUGUGGUGAUGUAGAUGGAGAUGGUGUUUGAUGUCAGAGGUGAUGCAUGGUGGUUGUUGUGGUGGUGAAUGACGGUGGCAGCGGUGGCAGUGGUGACAUCGGCGAGAGAGAGAAGUGGUUAAGAGUGUUGGAGGGUGGUGGCUGGAGGUGGCAGUGGUGGUUGUGGUGGUGAAUGGCGGUGGCAGUGGUGGCAGGGGGUAAUAAUACAGAGUAGAACAAAACACAAGGGUAAUAUGAAAGGGCAUUAUUGUCAUUUCAAGUUAUACUUAACAGAUCUGUUAACAAAAUUGACGCCGGGGGUAAACUUGCGACAUAACACCGUUGGGGGCUAAAAUUGCAAUUAUUUCGUUAGGGGUCAGAGUGCCAAUUGGCCUAAACAGAAGGAGGUAAACUUGCAGUUUUUACUGAUCUUUAGACUAAUUAUAAUACAAAAUGUGACGAGUUUAAUUCCCUUGUUCAUCUCCGGCAAUCGUACUAUUGCGUUUUCUCCUAAUCGCCGGAGUUUCUGUAUAGCAACGAUCGGAGGCUAGUAGGUGUCCAUUCUCCAGCCUCUACAACCGGUCUCCUUUCUUUCUGGCAUAAAUCAAAGGCACAAUCAGAGUUUCUACUCACAUACAUUUGCUCAGCUGCUUCAAUGAAGACCUCUCGUCUUAUAUGCUGGCUUGUGAUUGAGGUGGUUCUAUUUUCACUUUCACAUGCGGAACAAUCACACAGGGUUCGCGGAAUAAAACAGCGGGAUGUGUAUCCUUCCUAUUUGUGGGAGCUAUACAAAAGCUCAUCAACAAUCCAAAAACCUAAAGUUGCCAAGGAGAUACGUGAUGCGGUGACAAAGUUGGCAUAUCUAGACAGCAGGAUUGAUAUGCUUGGAUUAAUUCUCUUUGGACCUAAAAACCGUCGCUCAAUCCUCCGUGCGGUUAGAGAUGAAAAACUGCCUAUGGUUGAUGACCAACGAUGUCUCAAAUCUACGUUGAAGUUAUUUGAAAAGCAUUGUGGUGUGCUGACUGACGACGACAUGAAGCAAUCUUUAGCCAACAUAUGCAAUUACAUGGUUGAGAAGGCAGCAAUCAAGGAAGCAAUCAUCAUUGCGUGUGGCAUGCACGACAUUGAGGAAUCACAUGGCAUUGAUGUAGGAAACCCAAAAGUAAAUGUCACACCUGCACCGGUUCGAGGCACAUUUGAAUACUGUGGACGUGUUAUUGUAAAUGGCGUUUCGAGAAGGCAACUUGGGAGUUAUGCUAAAGCAUAUCAAAUUAUGGUGGUUCCGAAGCAGAUACUUGAUAGCUGGCAUAACAUGAUUCAAAUUUGUUUCCACCAAAAUCAGUCACAAGGGUUAUGCCAAUGUGAAGAAGAUGAUUGGAGAUUUGUUCGUAAGGGUUCAUGGAGUUCCGUUAUGUCACCAUAUGAGAAAAAGUUUGUUGAUGUGAAGUUUGUUGUUCAGCUAGAAGGCUUUGUAACUGUUACUCUUGAUGAAGUGUCACAGAAUUGGCGCUAUGGAUUGCUUGUAGGGGGGAUUGCUUUACUAUACAUCACCGUGAGCAAGUAGGUCCCCUUUUACUAUAUUGGUCGUUAUGGUUAUUGGAGUUUUAGCUAUUGGUCUCAUAGUUGU